AUGUGUGGUGAAUGUGGAAAGAGCUUCAGGCACAGCUCCAGCCUGAUCCGACACCAGCAAAUCCACACUGGGGAACGGCGCUACACAUGUGGGGAAUGUGGGAAGAGCUUCAGGGACAGCUCCGACCUGAUCCGACACCACCAUAUCCACACUGGGGAAUGGCCAUACACAUGUGGGGAAUGUGGGAAGGGCUUCAGGAAGAGCUCCUGCCUCCUCUCCCACCAGCUCAUCCACACUGGGGAGUGUCCCUACACAUGUGGGGAAUGUGGGAUGAGCUUCAAGCAGAGCUCCACCCUCUGCCACCACCAGAUGAUCCACACUGGGGAACGGCCCUACACAUGUGGGGAGUGUGGGAAGAGCUUCAACCAUCGCUCCACCCUAUUCACCCACCGGCUCAUCCACACUGGGGAACGGCCCUACACGUGUGGGGAAUGUGGGAAGAGCUUCUACCAGAGCUCCACCCUCCACAUCCACCAGCGCAUCCACACUGGAGAACGGCCCUACAAGUGCUUGGAAUGUGGGAAGAGGUUUCACACCAGCUCACAUCUCCUUGUGCACCAGCGGACGCACACGGAUGAGAGGCCCUUCCGCUGCACUGACUGUGGGAAGGGCUUCAAGCACAACUCCACCCUCGUCAGGCACCGGCGCAUCCACACCGGGGAGAGGCCCUACAAGUGUGGAGAGUGUGGGUGUGGGAAGAGCUUCACCCAGAGCUGUCACUUGACCAAACACCAACGGACCCACCACAGAGAAAAGCCCUUCAGAUGCUUGGAAUGUGGAAAGAGCUUCAGGCAGAGCUGUGACCUCCUCAAGCACCAGCACAUCCACACUGGGGCACGACCCUACUCAUGUGGGGAAUGUGGGAAGAGCUUCAGGGACAGCUCCACCCUCCGCACCCACCAACGCAUCCACACUGGAGAACGGCCCUACAAGUGUGGGGAGUGUGGGAAGAGGUGUCGGACCAGCUCAGAUCUCGUCGUGCACCAGCGGACGCACACAGAUGAGAGGCCCUUCCGCUGCACCGACUGUGGGAAGGGCUUCAAGCAGAACUCCCACCUUGUCACCCACCGGCGCAUCCACACCGGGGAGAGGCCCUACAAGUGCUUGGAAUGUGGGAAGAGCUUCAGUCAGAGCUCUCACGUGCUCCGACACCAGGACAUGCACACUGGGGCACGUCCCUACACGUGUGGAGAAUGUGGGAAGAGCUUCAGCCAGAACUACCACCUCCGCACCCACCAGCGCAUCCACAGCGGGGAACGGCCCUACAAGUGUGAGGAAUGUGGGAAGAGCUUCAGCCGGAGCUCCACCCUCCGCAAACACCAUCGCAUCCACACUGGGGAACGGCCCUACAAGUGCUUGGAAUGUGGGAAGAGGUUUCCAACCAGGGGCAAUCUCUACACGCAUGAGCGGACGCACAGGGAUGAGAGGCCCUUCUGCUGCACCGACUGCGGGAAACGGUUCAAGGAGAAAUCCCAUCUUGUCACCCACCGGCGCAUCCACACCGGGGAGAGGCCCUACAAGUGUGGGGAGUGUGGGAAGAGAUUCACCCAGAUUGGUGUCUUAACCAAACACCAACGGACCCACCGGUAA